AUGGAUAAGUCAUUGGGGAACGCAUUCACUUACUCCAAGCGAAAUAACCUGGCUCCUCCACUUUCCAACAUAGAAGGUCCCUUAAAUGUAUAUAUUUGGGACAUGGAUGAAACGCUUAUAUUACUGAAAUCUUUGCUUGAGGGGACAUAUGGAGUUGCCAUUGGCUCAAAGGAUGUACAAAAGGGAAGGGAAAUAGGGAAACAUUGGGAGAAUCGUAUUCUACAAGUUUGUGAUGAUAUGUUCUUUUACGAGCAAGUAAGAUUCAUCUCGAAUUCCCCUUUUUUUAGCAUUUAUCUUUCUGAGUCGCGUUUGAGCCUACUUUGAGUUUUGGUACAUAAUGGGUUAUGUCUCAACUAUGCUCUUGGGCAUGAAUCAUACAAGAAUUUAGGACAUGACAUCUAAUAUCUAUUUCUUUUUUGACAUGUCACGAAACAGGUUGAAAAUUAUAAUGAACCAUUCAUCACCGCUCUAAGGGACUAUGAUGAUUUGCAAGACUUGUCUGAUUAUGAUUUCAAGUCCGACGGCUUCACUGCCCCUUUUGAUGAUGAUAACAAAAGGAAGCUUGCAUACAGGUUUCGCACCAUUGCACAGAAGUAUGAACAGGUGCUGAUCGAUGACAACCUUUCUCCAUGAUGAUGUUUGUUCUUGUUGGUGAUGUAACUACGGUAGCAUGGUUUCCAUUUCUUGAAACCAAUAUAGUCACGCCUCAUCUUACUAUAAAAUCUUCUGGGAUUUUUUUCUUCUUUGGAACUAAGAUUAGAUUAUGAGAAGACUUUAAUGGGUAUUGAUUUACGAAAAUCAAAUCUGCUUCAGUAAUUUAUAGGUGGUGAUUAUCUAAAACAUGAAAGGCCAAAGUUGUACCUGAAAGCCUAUCCGAAGAAAUGAUAUAAUUCUAUUAUAAAGAUAUCUUAUUUGGAUCCAGACAUUCCUCCCAAGAACUUGGGAUCUUUUAGAUCUACAAUGCUGCUGCUAUGAAUAUCUAAUCAUCCAAGAUUAUUUCUCUGAACUUUCAAUCUAGGAGAGUUGAUUAUUUUCUCCUUGGUCACUGCAGGGCUUGCACAAUAUCAUUGAUGAAGGAAUGAUUAAGCUGUGGGAUGAUCUAUAUAGUUUGACCGAUAAAUAUGCUGAUGGGUGGCUUUCCUCUGGUAUGCGGCUACAUACAUCUCUUCACCAUUUUUAUUACAGCUCUGUAUUUGCCUCAGCUUUCUUUUUUACUGUAAUAUCUCGUUACAUGAAAUAAAUGCUCACAAAGUUCCAUUUUUGCAUUUUGAUUGAAUUAUGUACAUUUAUUCUUGUUUUAUUUUUAAUCUCGGUGCUUGAUCAUGCAGCCCGCACUUUAUUAGAUGACAUUUCCAACAGAAAUAAAUCGUUGACCAAUCAACUUGAAACUGAGAAUACAGCUGAUUCUUCAUCUGCGAAAUGCCAAAAUAUCAACGUCCUGGUUACCUCCGGAUCAUUGAUUCCCAGCCUUGUCAAAUGCUUACUGUUCCGGUUGGAUGGCCUGAUUGCCCAUGAGAACGGUCAGUACUCUCUCCUGGAUCAUCUACUCUGGACGACUAGAACCACUCUUGUCGCAUGAUCCAUUCAUAUGGCUCCAGAUCUCAUCAUCAAAAGCGCUGCAAUCUUUUAUCACGCAUGAAAAAUAUUUAUUUUAAUCGUUUUUCUUCAAUCUUGACAAAAAUAUUCAGUAAACCCUCCCUCUCAAGUCUCGGUUUCUAGCACCAUAAUUUGCUUAAUGCGCGUACAUAAUCAGAUUAUUGGUUCUAGAAAUAUAGAUUAAUGAUCUAAUUUCCUGAUUCUUGGCAAAAUAUUUAUCAGAUCCUCUCAUUAUUUUCCUCUGCUACAAACUUUCAUCACCAUUGGUUGAUUGUUUUCAAUAACCCAUAUGCAUGAUCUUCAUGCAGUCGAAUUAUUGAUGCUAAAACUAUAUAAUUCAUGAUCUAAUAUCUAGAAUCCCCGCAAAUGAUUCAUCAGUCUACAGUUCCUGGGAGGUGGGAAAGCUUCAGUGCUUCAAGUGGAUCAAGGAGCAGUUCUCUGGGGCCGAGGCCCGAUUCUGUGUGAUCGGAGAUGGACCGGAAGAGUGCGGAGCAGCUGAGAUCAUGCGGUGGCCCUUCGUCAAGAUCGACCUGCAUCCGAGUGGAAGCGGCCAUCGAUUCCCCGGGUUGACUUUGAAGAUGCUGGGCUACUACAUGGACGCUGUGUAUGGGGGAUCCGAAUCUGAAAAGUCCGAAGGAGAGUGA